AUAACACGGAGUUUGAUAUGAAUUUCGAGUUUUUCGGCGGCAACAAAUCUCACUUCGAUGGAACACUUUUUUUUAUAUAUCUGUCGAGGUGCAGUCACAAAUAAAGAAGAGAUUUUGGUUGCUGAUUACAUUAAUACAUUGUUACUUAAUACGCAGGAGCAGAAUUACUGUUUACAUUUUUCCAGUCAUAUUUUAUCCUUGUUAAAGUGCAGUGCAACAUACAUAUAUGUUUUGAAUUCUUUUUCUGACCCUGAAGAAGAUUUGGUUUGGAAAGAAAUAAAUGCAAAAUGUGCUGAUAGAAAUGCUAUUUCUUCAUGUUUGAAAGCUUGCUUAAGCAGAGAGAUUGGAAGUGAAGAUGAAGGUACAAAGAAAAUUUCUUCAUCAUUGCAUGUUCUUGCUGAUGCUCUUCCAUCUUAUGGUUCUUACAAGUUAGAUGUCAUUAUUGGUAAUGAUGUUUUGAAAGAUUUAUCUAUCAGUGAUGAACCUGAGUUUGCAAGUGCUUUGUAUAGACUCCUGAAAUGGCAUGAAGCUCAUACAACUAUAAUAACAGUAAAGUAUUGUUCUAAAUUAAAAGAAUGGUGUGAAAUACUAAACGGGAAAAUCAUUGAAGAUAAAAUUGAUUCAAAUAUAGGUUCAGUGAUUUGGAGAGGUUCUCUUCAGCUCAAUGCUCCAAAGCUGUCAACAAAACUUGAUUGCCAAGGCAUGGAAAUAAGAUUAGAUUCUGUUGAAAAUGAAGAAAACUUUUCUAGCUGUAAAUCAGUUUUUGAAGAAAACACCUCAAAUCAGCAUCUAGUAGUCUCUCAUACACUUCAGGCCAUAGAUGAAUGUGCCUUUUCAACUAUACCAACAUAUAUGAUUUCACCACUGGUAUUCAGAGUAUGUGUAUCUGAGCCUAAUUUAUGGAAUGAAACUUCAUUAAAGCUUCUUCAAUAUAUAUGCAGAAAAGAGGGGGUUGCUUUAAUUGCUAAAAUGGGUUUUUCGUUAGUGAAUGAAUUAUCAAAGCCUGAUAAAGGAAUGAGUACCGGACGUUGGAAGAAAAUGGUGUCAACUGGAAAUAUAAAAUGUCCAGAAAAAUGUGUUCGUCCUUUUGAGAAUUGCUUCACCUUUGUAAUUACAAAAUCUGCUAACUCCAUGACUGUCAUUGCUUAUCCUUUAAUGGACCCUAAGAACUUCAAUGCAGAUUUUUAUUUUAACUUGACUGAUUUGAAAUUGGUAAGGAACAGAGAUGGAAAAAAUGAGAAUAAAUUAACAUCUUUACAAGUUCCAUAUUUAUCAACACCUUUAUUUCAAUUGCUCAUAAGGAAAAUCAAAAUGCUGAGGAAUUUUCAUCCUGAAGAUAAAAAUGAAUGCUGUUCUUCCAAUACAGAACUACAUGGCCUUUUAUUUAAUAUUCUUAAAACCUUUGAGAAAAAUCUUCCCAUCUGGGAAUUAUUUAGAAAAGUAAAUUCUUGUGAUGUAGUUUAUGAUGAACUUGAUCCCUCUGACUGGCCAGAAAGAGUGCAUUUAUUGCAAAAACAAAUGCACAUGGAAGAAAUUCAGAAGAACCUUCCUAUGAAUAAACUUUUGGCCCUUGGUUCAAAAUUAAACCAACACAGUGUUUCAUUUUCAAGUGAAGAUAUGGAGAAAUAUUUUAAGAGUACUGGAGAAGCUAAAGAUGGAAUAGCUGCUGAACCAGUAUCAUUGUUACGAGACAUGACACAGCAUCUUAAAAAUGAUUUUGAGACAAUAUGUAAGGAGAAAUGGCCAGAAAUUUUAAACUGUAUCUAUGAUGAUAUUUAUUACAACUGUGACAGCCAGGCUGAAGAGAAAGAAGCUAUUGGUAAUCAGAUGGUGAAUUUUUAUGUACAACAUGAAACUGCAAGUACAUGUAAUAACCAACAGCUGGUUCCAGACUUAAAAAUAAAUGUGAAAACUAAAGGCAAUUCUCUGUCUAAGAGCUCUGCCAUGAAGAAUCAUGCUUCUAGUAAAAAAGAGAAAAUUAAAAAAACUAAUUAUAAAAAUAAAGACUUAUCAUCAGAUACAGUUAGAAAGAACCUUCUUUCAACUUCUGCAGUUAGUAAGAAAUGUGCUACUAGCAGUAACUCUAGAAAAACAUUUUUAGAAAAGAAGCUAUCUGGGAAGUACAGUCUCAACAAGAGUCAGACUAAUAAUAUGCCUGUUAGAAGUAGUCCAAGAAAGAAAAUUGCUGUGAACUAUAGUUCUUCCUCAAAUAUAAGAACUGCAGGAGGAAACCAUAAAAACAAAAACAAGUCACAAGAAUUACCUGAGUUGUUAAAAAAGAAACUGAGAGUAGCUGUAGCUUCAGCCUUGGAAAACAAUGGUGUUAAUUUAACAGAUGCUUUUUUCUUACCUUGUGGUAAAAGACUAUUUGCUAUUUGUCAAGCAUUUGUACAGGAUAUUCCACACAAAAAAGGAAGUACUAGUCAACGCAUGCAGGAAAUUGCUGAUGCUCAUGUAAAACAGGUUAUAGAAUUUGAAAGGCAGAAGGAAAAAGGAAAUUUAUAGUAUUAGAUAUUUUUAAUGUUAUUUUUGUAUUAUGUAAAUGAUAUAUUUUUAUCAGAUAUUUUUAUAUUUUUGUAUUAUUUAUGAAAUCUGAAAUAAAAAUUUAUUUUCAAAAUUGCUCAGUUUUAUUUAUAUUUCAGUAUAUUAAUAUGUAAAUUGUACAUAUCAUUGUUUGAUAACUCGAUUUAAAUUAUUUUGAUUAUGUGUAUUUUGUUUUCAUGAUUCAUGCAUCUAUUUUUUUUUUUUUUUUUUUUUU